AUGCAGCCCGGCACCAUUCCUCCCCAAACCAGGAAGCGGAAGGCCGCUGAGGCGACGACGUCCCCCAUCCCGGACGACACUCCCCCCAACAAAAAACACCAGCUCACCUCAGCCGGCAAACACCAACUGGAAGGCCUCGAAGCGGCUCCUCCGACUCCCCUCACCACCACCACCUCCCACAACGGCAACGACAGCGACGCUGACCCAGGCGCGGACGUUAUGGACUCCGACGACGAUUUCAUGUCUAACCUCUCCUCUGAGGAUGACAUGAUACAGGAGGACGACAGCGACAACGAUAUUUCCAAUCCCGAGGAUUUUGACUUUGACGAUGAGCCCGAUUUGGACGCCGGAAAUAAGGACUCUCAGCAAACCAUGAAGCGCAACUACCUCGACAUCGACUUCAAGGUGUACCGCCCCGAAGACAUACAAAAACAGCAAGAUGACCUAGUCGACGAGGUCAACAUGAUUCUCGACAUCUCCAAAGAAGAAGCAGCCAUUCUGCUACGGUACUUUCGGUGGAACCGGGAACGUCUGAUCGAGGAUUACAUGGACAAACCCCGGCAGGUUCUUGAUGCUGCCGGCCUCGCACAGACCGCCGCCGACAAGCCCCGGCUACAAGUCAUCCCUGGCUUCAUGUGCGAUAUUUGCUGCGAAGACGGACCCGGCCUCGAGUCCUUCGCCAUCAAGUGUGGACAUCGUUUUUGUGUCGACUGCUACCGCCAAUACCUCUCACAGAAGAUUCGCGAAGAGGGCGAGGCCGCCCGCAUCCAAUGUCCUGCCGAUGGCUGCAACCUCAUUAUCGACGCCCGCUCGCUCGACCUCCUUGUUACCCCCGAACUGACGGAACGAUAUCACGAGCUGCUCAUGCGUACAUACGUUGAGGACAAGGAAACUCUUAAAUGGUGCCCUUCGCCUGACUGCGCAAACGCUGUCGAGUGUGGCGUCAAGAAGAAGGACCUCGCCAAGGUCGUGCCCACAGUCUCAUGUCUGUGCGGUCACCGCUUCUGCUUUGGCUGCAUCUACACGGAUCACCAGCCCGCUCCGUGCGAGCUCGUGAAGAGGUGGCUCAAGAAAUGUGCUGACGACUCGGAAACGGCAAAUUGGAUAUCAGCCAAUACAAAGGAAUGCCCCAAAUGUAACAGCACAAUCGAGAAGAAUGGUGGCUGCAACCACAUGACAUGCCGCAAGUGCAAAUACGAGUUCUGCUGGAUGUGUAUGGGGCUUUGGUCCGAACACGGUACGAGCUGGUACAACUGCAAUCGCUUCGAGGAAAGGAGCGGCGCCGAAGCCCGCGACGCUCAGGCUAAGUCGCGAGUCUCCCUGGAGCGCUACCUCCACUACUACAACCGCUACCACAAUCACGAACAGUCAGCUCGUCUGGAUAAGGACCUUUACAUGAAGACUGAGAAGAAGAUGGUGGAGCUACAAAAGCAGUCGGGCAUGUCCUGGAUCGAAGUCCAGUACCUACAAUCUGCAUCGCAGGCGUUGCAGACGUGCCGACAAACGCUCAUGUGGACCUACGCUUUUGCUUUCUACCUGGCACGCAACAACCUCACCGAAAUUUUUGAGAGCAAUCAAAAGGACUUGGAGAUGGCUGUGGAGAACCUGUCGGAGAUGUUUGAGAAGCCGGUCCAGGACCUUGCCCAGCCUGGUCUCAAGGUGGAUAUCAUGGACAAGACGUCGUACUGCAACAAGCGACGCCUCAUUCUUCUCGAGGACACUGCUGAGAACCUUCAAAAAGGCAAAUGGACCUUUAACGUAGAUCUGGUCAGUGGUGCACCUCACGUGAAUCCUACGAGCGCCCCCGGCACUAGCAGCCGCCGCUAG